AUGAACUAACUUCAAAUUGAAGAACUUUAAAGAAAAUUAUAGCAAUUAUAACUUGAACGUAUGAAUGAGGAUUCAUCAGAUGAAGAGCCAACUUUUUAAUCUGUUUAAGGAAAACAAAAUGAUAAAUAGUUAUUCUAAAAUCUCUCGAUUGAUAGUUUUGAGGUUUACACAACAUUAGGUACUGGCACUUUCGGACGUGUAAAGUAGGUUCGAAUAAAGCGUGAUGCUAGUCGAUAAGUUUAUGCACUAAAAAUUAUGAAGAAACACGAUAUCAUAAAAUUAAAAUAAGUGGAUCACAUCAAAUCAGAAAAGAAUAUUUUGAAUGAGAUUUAACAUCCUUUUUUAGUAUAAUUAAAGGGCUCAUUUCAAGACUAAAAAUGUAUAUACAUGCUGUUUGAAUUUGUCUCAGGAGGUGAAUUAUUUUCGAGAUUAAGAAAGGAUGGUAGAUUUAGUUAAGACAUCACAUUGUUUUAUGUGUCUGAAAUAUUGCUCGCAAUUUAACAUUUGCAUAGAAAAGAUAUAGUGUAUAGAGACUUAAAGCCAGAAAAUUUAUUAAUAGAUCGUGAAGGACACAUCAAAAUAGCUGAUUUUGGAUUUGCCAAAAAAAUUACUAAUAAUCAUACUUAAACUUUGUGUGGAACACCAGAAUACUUGGCACCUGAGCUAAUUUAAGGAGCUAAAACUGGAUACGGAAAAUCAAUAGAUUGGUGGGCUUUGGGAGUACUAAUAUUUGAAAUGUUGGCAGGUCAUCCUCCAUUUUAUGAUAUUGAACCAACUAAUAUAUACAAGAAAAUAUUAAAUGGAGUAAUAGAAUUCCCCAAAUUUUUGCAUGUAAGAGCAAAGGAUGUAAUAAGAAAAUUAUUAAAUUCUGAUAUUAAUAAAAGAUUAGGAGUGGAAGAUGAAGGGGCAGCAUUAAUGAACCAUAAAUUCUUUCGAGGAGUUCCUUGGUAAAAGGUAUUUGAAAAAAAGAUUUCACCUCCAUGGAUUCCAUAUCUGAGAAAUGAAACUGAUUCACAAUGGUUUGAUAAAUAUCCAGAAGAAAGAGAUGAUAUACCACCUGUGGAUGAUGAAAAAUAGCAUAUGUUUGAUGACUUUUGA